AUGGAUGAGACCUCGGGUGGCACUUCGCCACCCGAAAAUAAGGAUGCAGAGGAGGAUAGUUACGCUUACAGUACUUAUAUAUUUUAUUUUAUUCAAAUUCAGUUGAUCACUGUGAUUUUUUCAUUAGUUAUAUGUACUUAUAAUUUCUUUUUUGUUGUUUGCAUCUUAGAUUUUGGUCCGGCAUUGCAGUGCCAAGUGGAGUUGAAGAACCAAGAUUUGUGGAAGAAAUUCUAUGUCCAUGAGACGGAGAUGAUCAUUACUAAGACUGGAAGGAGGAUGUUUCCUUCUCUCCAAUUGGAAGUCAAGGGCUUGUCUCCAAACACCAUAUACAGCGUAGUGCUCGAGAUGGAACCAGUUUGUAGAAACCGUUUCAAGUACUCAGCAUCAGGUGGUUGGUUACCGUCUGGCUCAGAAGAGGCCCUUAUCGACCACCGAUACUACAUUCACUCGGAGUCCCCUGCUCGAGGCGACUUUUGGAUGGGACAAACGAUUUCUUUCAGCCGAGUGAAGCUGACCAAUACUUUUGCUCCUCCACCUGGCCAAGUGGUAUUGUCUUCAAUGCAUAAGUACCAGCCCAAAAUAAUUAUAAGCCAGGUGUGUGAGAUGAGUUGGGCACCUAAAGCUAUUUUUCGAUUUGCUGAAACUCAGUUUAUUGCUGUAACCGCUUAUCAAAACGAGAAGAUCACCCAACUAAAGAUCAACUAUAAUCCCUUCGCUAAAGGAUUUAGAGAAAAUGGCCAGGCCAAAUAUAAGAGAAAGCAAGCUAGAGCAGCAAAGAUUGUAAAUGUAAGCGAGGAAGAGGAAGAAAUCAUAGUCGUCGAUAGUACAGUUGCCUCUACUCCAAAUGACAGACUCUCAGAAUCAUCUGAAUCAUCCACUUCUACUGUUUCUUGUUCAACAGAAUCACAACCACGUGUGGAAACAACUGACCAAGAUAUAGCUUGUGAUAUACUAUCUCCUCCAGUUGCAACAUCAACGCCAUACCCAGUUGUGAGACCAUUUGAAUACAGACCUGUUGUACAUCCACGCCCAAUGUACCGGUAUAACGUUUACCAACCUUAUCCAGGUUAUAAUAUGCCUUCUAUGCCUUCUACGUCUGCUAUGCUUCCUAUGCCUGCUAUGCCUCCUAUGGUUCCUAUGCUUCCUAUGCCUCCUAUGCCUCCUAUGCCACAUAUGCCUACUAUGUGGUCGUCGAAUUCUGUUUGUAAUCCACCAGUGAUGCCAUUUCCAGGGAUCCAGGUACCAAUAAGUAUUAUAUCUCCAUCGACAUCAGCAUCUUAUCCUUCACCGACGUAUCCUGAUCCAAUGCAACCUGAAGCAACGUAUUUUGAGUCAAACCUAGCAGAGUCAACAAGUCAACUUACACCAAGUGAAUCUGGAUCAUCAAGGCAAUAUGAUGCAAGUGAAUCACAAGAAGAAAGUCAGCUUGACUUAAGUGAUCAAUCCAUGGAAGUUGAAGUAAGUCAUUCUGAACGAGCGAGGACACCUGAACUACGUCCUUUUGGAGUGAGUCAACUUGAAGCAAGUCAUUCUAGAGCGAGGCAACUUGAAGCAAUUCAUUCUAGAGCGACGCAACGUGAAGCAAGUCCUUCUGAAGCGAGCCAAGCUGAACCAAGUCAUUCUGCAGCGAGGCAACCUGCACCAAGCCAUUCUAGAGUGAGGCAACUUAAAGAAAAUCAUGCUAGAGUGAGGCAACCUCAGAGAAAGCUGACGGACUUUUCGAUACGCGCCAUUACUGGUUGUGAGUAAAAACUUUUUUCUUUGUGAUUUUUAAUCAGUAAUCAGAAUCGUACUUCUACACGUACAUUCAGUGUUUUUAAUAAAAUACCAUAAGUUAAGGAACUAUAAAUGAGAAGUUUGUACGAUCCUUUAGAUAUUACUAAUUUUGUUCCUUAAAAUAUUGACUGAGUAAAGUUCUACAUUAUUUAUAGUUCCUUGCUUUGUAGUUUUUUAUUUUGUGUCGUUUAACGUAAUUUUACUUAAGACUAAUCUCAGUUUUAACUUUUUCAAGUUUCUUGAUCUAGAUUCUAGAUAGUUUUUUUAACAUUUUCUUGGUCCACUAUUUCCUAAUAUUCAUAUUUGGAAAAAUAAAGCAUGGACCAGAAGUUUUCUUGAGAUAUUUCCUUUGUUUAUUUAUGCUUGUUUAUUUAUUCUAUACAUAAAUUUAAGAUCAUUUGUUCAUUUUUUUUUCAAUUUCUUUCAACGAUAGGAGAUAACGAAAUAGGAACAUGUUUCAUUCUAGUUUUUUGUUUAUUUAAUUUUAUGUUUAUUAUCGUUCUCCUUCGGCAUUUGCAAUUUGUCUUUGGUUUGGUUUUUUAUGUUUUCUUGUUUAACCUUAUUGGAUGGUGAUUUCAGAUUCAUUAUUUUCUUUUGUUUGCUUUGGUCUUUCAAUAUUUUUUUCCGUCUUGUCCAACAUUUUUAUUUGAAACUUAUUUUUCUGAAACAUGAGAUUUUUUCUUAUUUUUGAAUUUUCCAUCUUUGUUUGAGGUCUAUCUUAUUUUAUAUCUUUUCCUUUUCUAGAUUGCUUUAUGCAGUUUUCUAUAACUUUGUGUCUUCUAACUUCAUUAUGUCUCUUAUUUUAUGGUUCAUUCUUCUCAUUACUUUGUUUUCUAUUAUUAUCGGGCCAGUAUGCAACGCAAUCUGCGUAUGUAACUACUAGCCUGAUUGCAACUCUGCAUAUUUUCAGUUCUGAUUUCUGGAUAAGUCCUUCAUUAUCCUAUGGUAUCUCCAUUAUAUUUUGUCUGCUCUAGCAUUCCCUCCGUUACUUCUUCCAUUCUCUUAUUUUUAACAUCUUAUUUUCUCUUAUCUUGUUAUCUUCUCUUCUAGAGCAGAUUACGAUUUUUGUCAAUUUCUAGCCUCUGGACUAGUUACGCUUCUGGACUGUUAAAGCUUCUUUUAAUGUUUCCUUGUCUCUUUCCAUAAGAAACCAGCAUAAUAUACCUUAUGAUUAUCGAUGUUUCGAUAUGAUUAUCGGUAUUUCGGUUAUCGAUCUUGCCAAAUGCUGCUCAUCCCAAGCCUAUCCAACGCUGGAUCUCAUAAGUUAUGAGAGAUUAUCCUGGCAUAAAGAGUGAGUUUGCAUUCCAGAGUCCCAUUUGAAAUUUGUCGUUCUUGUUUUGUUCUAUUUUCGGGUGAUUCCUAGUUCAAGCUCCCCUUGACCAUUUUAGGUCUACCACGGACUAGGAACCUUCUGUUUUCCAUAACUUGUCAUUGUUAAAUUAUCUCGUGGGAGUUUAGUUCGUUGGUUUCUCUUUGGCUUCCACACCAUAUCACCAUCAAUUCACCAUAAAAUUUAUUAACGUUGUUAUGCAUUUCCUAUAUUACGAUCUGAUUUUGCCCAUUAUUGCUUUUGCAUAACAUUUUUUCACGUAAAAGAUAAGACAUGAAAUAUUUCAAGAAUUUAAACAUAAAUGAUUUUAGUCCAUAUUUAGGUGUAAAAAUGUAAAACGUUGUAUAAAAUUUUAAUAUGUAUCUUGACAAGUGAUAGUUGUAUCGUGAUCGUAAUCUAAAAGUAUAUUAUAUCAAUAAGUACACAAAUCUCAAUAUAUAAAUAUCAAAAUAUAUUAGCAUCAAAUGCGAAUCUGUAUAUAGUGUUAUAACAUUCUAGCCCUAAUCACACCUUAAAAUCACUAUCAAAAUAUUGCACAAACACCAUAAUAGAUAAGUAAUUAUCUAGAUAUAUUCAAAAAGUGUAUUAAAUUUUAAUUAUUUUUCCAUUAAUUAUAAUUAUUAGUAAUUGACCCUUGAUCUGGCUGACUAAUCGGUGUGAAAAAGGUUAAAAUGUGAUGUAUUAUAGCGGUAUUCAGUUACCAGUUACCAGUACAAAAUGUCUAUG